UUCAGUCGGUUCGAUUAAGAUUCGUAAGCAAUUCCAUGCCCAUAACAAUCAGUUUUGUUUGUUUAGUAAUUGAUUCAGAACGAAAACUGUCUGCACGAGAGAACUAGAGAGCCAUGGCCAGCAUCACAUUCAAGGGUCGUCCGACUGUUGUAUUGCGCACCUAUCAGGUGCUACGCAUUGGCAACAAUGUCCAAGAUAAUAAGCUGGACUUUUGUUUAGAUGAUAAGACUGUGGCUAAGCUGCACGCAACAUUGACACGGAGCGAGAAGGGCCUGUUCCUGGUCAACGAGAGUCGCAAUGGUACUGUCAGUGUGAAUGGUCAACGUUUUAGCGGUCCGGUUUUGAUCACCUAUCGUGACGCAAUUAAUGGCAUUGUUAAGUUACGUUUUGGUCGCGUUGAGGCCUUCCUACGCGUCUCCGGCAGCCUGGGGGGCUAAACUGGGGGCGUUACCGUAUAUGGACGAUCGUCUCCAUUGUUUACAUUGGACAAACAGUUAGAGGUUCACUGUUUUUCAAGUUUAAAUUUAUGUUUCACUAUUAAAUGUAU